AUGCCCCCAGUUGGGAGGUUGGAAACUCUUUGCCCAGACAAGCGCCGACGUCAUCUCCCUCCUCAGACGUGGACCAACAGCAUCAACCAGGCCAAUAAGAUGGCCCUGCUUGCCUGGGCAAAAGAAACCGGCAUCGACCUGGUGCAGAUCAACGGGCAGAGGCGGUAUGGUGGCCCCCCCCCAGGCUGGGUGGGCGACCCCCCGCCGGUCGGCACAGAGGUGUUCAUCGGGAAGCUGCCGCAGGACAUGUAUGAGAACGCAUUGAUCCCGCUCUUCCAGAGCGUGGGGAAGCUCUACGAGUUUCGCCUCAUGAUGACUUUCAGUGGGCUCAACCGGGGCUUUGCCUAUGCCAAGUACAGCAACCGGCGCGGCGCCAAGGAGGCCAUCGCUGCCUUCAACAACUUUGAGGUGCGGGAGGGCUGCGCCAUCGUGGUGUGCAAGAGCACGGAGAAGUGCGAGCUGAGCGUGGACGGCCUGGCCACCUCGGUCAGCCGGCAGGAGCUGGAGGCUGUGCUGCGGCAGGUCACGGAGGGGGUCCUCAGCAUCACCCUGUACGCCAGCCCCUGUCAGAAGCGGGCCCAGCUCGCUGUGCUGAAAUACAGCUCGCACCAGGCUGCUGCCAUGGCCAAGAAAACCCUGAUGGAAGGGAACAUGAGGCUCGGUGGGGUGGAGAUGAGGGUGGACUGGCUGAAUCCCGAUCUGAAGCAGAAACUGCAGUCGUGCAAGGAGAAGCCAUCAUCCAGCCGGGUGCAAGGGAGCAAGUGCCUGGGGGUCCCCAAGCAGGCGCCCCUGUCUCCAGUGCUGCACAACGCGCUGGACCACCUGAACACCCUGUGCCAGAGGCAGUACCUGGGGACCCCCCUGUUCCUCACCAAGUGCAUCCAGGCGAAUCCCAACGGGUGGCUGCGGUUCUGGUGCCGGGUGGUGAUCCCAGGGUGCCCCGUGCCCUUCAGUGGGUUCACGUGGGUCCGGCAGGAUGGGCCAGGCAGGAGUGGGCAUGAGGAGGCGAAGGUUGCAGUGGCUCUGCAGGUUCUCCGGAUGCUAGGUGAGUCCUCGCAUGAGGUCUACCAGUGCCAUUUGAGGCACGCCAAAGGCCUCGGGGGCUAUGCUGGCCCUGGGGAUGUGUCCCAGCCUUGGUGUGGCUCAGGACCACAUGGGAGUCUGUGA